CGCAGCAGCAGGAAGUGGAGAGCUCCGUAAACAUGGCGGACAGUGGAGUGACAGAUGUAUCUGAAAAUAAAGGUGAAAUUGAUCGAGCAAAGAAUGAGGGCAGAGAGUUGACUAAAGAAGAAAAACAGCGUCUCAGAAAAGAGAAGAAACAACAGAAGAAGGGGAAAGAGAAGAAAGAUGACAAGGCUCCAAAGAACAGUGAAAAGGAAAAGCCUGCACCCUCCCCAGCUGCAGUUCCACAACCACCAGCACAAGCUCCAUCACAGAAAGUUCCCUCUACAGUGCCAGCUCCUGUCGUGAUUGAACCUGUAACAGAGACGACCACAGCUUCAGAGAAACCCACAAAGAGCAAAGCUGAGCUGAAAGCCGAGAGGAGAGCUCGUCAAGAAGCAGAGAGGGCGUCCAAACAAAGCAAGAAGGGAGAUGGAGGCCCACAGGCAGCACCCAGUAAAUCAAAAGUAGCACCAAGUGAACUACAGCCAGUGGUUAAGAGACUUCCUGAACAUAUUCAAGUUGAUAACCCAGAAGUUUUAAAGAAAUUAGCUAAAAAGUUGGAAAGACAACAAAUUCCUUUCCGCUCUGACUAUGGGUACAAAGUCAGCUUAUUUUCCCACCUUCACCAGUACAGCCGAAAAGCUCCAUUAACACAGCAACUUAGCAUUCCUUCCACAGUGAUCCAUCCUGCUAUUGUACGAUUAGGACUCCAGUAUUCACAGGGAAUCGUAGCAGGAUCCAAUGCCCGCUCUGUGGCUCUUUUACAUGCCUUUAAACAGGUGAUAAGAGACUACACUACACCUCCAAGUGAAGAGCUCUCGAGGGACUUGGUUAAUAAGCUGAAGCCCUAUAUCAGUUUUUUGAACCAGUGUCGCCCUCUAUCAGCCAGCAUGGGAAACGCAAUCAAAUACAUCAAGAAGGAAAUCUCUAAUAUCCCUAGCCAGUGUAAAGAUAAAGAGGCUAAAAGCAAGUUGCUGUACUGCAUUGAUUGCUACAUUAAUGAGAAGAUCACUCUUGCUGCUAAAGCUAUUGCCAAGUGUGCAAUAGAAAAAAUCAGUGAUGGAGAUGUAAUUCUUGUGUAUGGAUGCUCCUCACUGGUCAACAACAUUUUGUGCGAAGCCUUUGAGAAGAACAUAAAAUUCCGCGUGAUUGUGGUGGACAGUAGACCACGACUGGAGGGACGAGAGGCUUUGAGGCGUCUGGUCCAGAGGGGCAUCAGCUGUACCUAUGUCCUUAUUUCAGCUGUUUCAUACAUUCUUCCAGAGGUGUCAAAGGUGUUCCUCGGUGCUCACGCUUUACUCGCCAAUGGGUAUGUCAUGUCUCGAGUAGGAACCUCUCAAAUUGCUCUAGUGGCCAAAGCCUUUAAUGUGCCUGUCUUGGUGUGCUGUGAGACUUACAAGUUCUGCGAGAGGGUCCAGACUGACUCAUUUGUGUCCAAUGAACUUGAUGACCCUGAUGAUCUCAUAGUUACUCGUAAAGGGAAGACACAGUUGGAGAAUUGGCAGGAGGUACCUCUCUUAGGCCUUUUGAAUCUGGUCUAUGAUGUGACUCCCCCAGACUUUGUGGACCUGGUUAUCACAGAUCUGGGCAUGAUUCCUUGCACCUCGGUUCCUGUGGUGCUCCGUGUAAAAAAUGUGGACAUGUAAACUGCACUGUCGCAGUUAAACAUAAAUGAAGAAACACAAUAUCAUGCUUCUAGCAUGCAAUAAAUGUAUCUCAAACUGCA